AUGAUGCUCCUGGGAAAUCUCAUCUUUCCCGUCGGCUUCCUUGCCGCCUCGGCCGCAAGCGCCGCGAUCGACACCAACACGGCCUCCCCGAACACCGCGAGGCAAGCUGGACUCCAGCUGCCGGUCCAAGGCCACUGGGUCAUGGGUGCGAAUGAGGACCAGUGUGACGGGACAGGCGAUUACGAUCAAUUGUCCGUCAAAGCCCGCGUCGAGGACUGCCAGUGGAUCCGAGACUACCUGCUCAAGAACCACGGCUAUUACGAGGCCAGCGACUGGGCCUCGGGAGGCCAGACCGCCGUCGUCGCCUACAAGACCUGCGAGUUCUCGGCUACAGUCAUAAUUGGAGGCCAGAACGUAGCCGACCUGAUCGACUACGUGACAGAUCCCAAACACGGCAUCGCCUCGGGAGACUAUGUCGGGGCUUGGGGCGGUAUGAAGUGCUAUGCGUCGCCUGAUAACCCGGUGCCGAUCAAUUGGGCGGUUCACCAGACGAAUGGCGCGCCGUUCGACGACUUCACGGUCCAAGUCCCGGCGCUCGACCUGAGUGACACAGAAGUGAACGAGUAG